AUGGUUUCAGACAAGUAUGUCGGACUGGCAUUGGCCAUUGUCUCGACGUUAGCGAUAGGAACUAGUUUUGUGAUUACUAAAAAAGGAUUAUUGCACGCUUCGGAAACUCACGGCUUCGAAGGAGAGGGCUUUUCAUAUUUACGAAGCCCAAUAUGGUGGGGAGGAAUAGCUACGCUGGCUAUUGGAGAGAUUGCGAACUUUGCGGCAUAUGCUUUCGCGCCGGCUAUAUUGGUUACACCUUUAGGAGCUCUAAGCGUUUUGAUCGGUGCUGUGCUCGGCUCUUACUUUCUCAAUGAACGACUAGGCACGCUGGGCAAACUUGGUUGUGCCAUGUGCCUUCUCGGGUCGGUUGUUAUCGUUCUCCAUGCGCCUCCGGACAAGCCCGUUGAAACAAUUGACGAGAUUCUUGACUAUGCCCUGAGUCCAGGCUUCCUUCUUUACUGUGCCGCUGUAGCGAUCUUUUCGACCGUCAUGAUUUACCGUGUUGCGCCAGUUCAUGGAAAGAAGAAUCCUCUCAUUUAUAUUUCUAUCUGCUCAACCGUCGGUUCGGUGUCUGUGAUGUCAAUCAAGGCGUUUGGAAUUGCAUUGAAACUUACUUUUAACGGCAACAAUCAAUUUACGCAUGCUUCAACUUACGUUUUUGCGAUUGUCACCGCUUUCUGCAUCCUUACACAGAUGAACUAUUUCAACAAAGCUUUGAGCGAGUUUUCCACAAACAUCGUAAAUCCUCUCUACUACGUCACCUUCACGACGGCUACAUUGUGUGCUUCUUUUAUCCUUUUCAAGGGUUUCAAUACUACCGACGCUGUGAACACCAUCUCUCUCCUCUGUGGUUUCCUUGUCAUAUUUUCUGGCGUGUAUCUCCUCAACCUGUCUCGACAUGAUCCAGACGGCCGACAAACCCUAGCGUCGAAAGACGACGAAGACGACGGUGUACCUACCGAUGGAAUUGCAAGCUUCGGCACCAGGCGAUCAAUGCAGGCACGCCGGAGCAUGGAUCCCCAUCGGCGAAGCUCCUCGAGCAUUGCGUUCUUGAAUGGACAGGGUGACAGAGAAGGGCUUAUGAGAGCGUAUGACGCCGAGAACGGCGUUAUAGGGUUGACUGAACUGAGAGAGGAAGACGAUGGUGCUCCGGGGUCAACACGCAAAUCGCAUAUCGAUGAAAGCAGAUCAUCAUUUCACUCCAAACAGGACGAUCGAUGA